UCUCUAUCUCUCCCUUCCUCCAAGACAGAAGAGGACCAGCUUCUACCACCAUUCACCACAGACUCCACAGACUCCUCUAUCAGCUGUCAACUUUUUUCCAUUUCCUGGAAAGUGCUUUUUCUGCAUUUGAGGGACCUCUUUAAUGAGGUCUUUCCAGCACUUGGAUUCUUUGGGUCUCCUUUCUUUUUUAUUUUAUUUUUUGCAACUUUGUGGAGCCCCAGCGGUCAUGCAUCUGACCCUGAAGUCCCUGGCAUGGACAUGAACUCUGAACUCAAUGCAUGAAUAAUAAGGGAGGUUGGUGAGCAGAAGCUGGAGGAGAUGCGCUCUCCGGAGGGGUUCACUUUGCUCCUCUUCAGUGGGACAGUGUGUCUGUCAGUUUUUGGCCACCCAGAUGCCCAAGGCAGCUUGUCUCCUGACCAGUCUCAGGCAGUGGACGCUAAGCUCCAAGAUGGAGCUGCUGCUUUUCCAAGAAGGAAACGAUCCAUCAACACGAAGACUCCCACCAGCCUCCUACUGGAGCUCAAUAGUCGCUUCCUAAAGGAUGACAAGCAGGAACAGUGGGAGUCCAAGUCCAGAGAUGCUAAAGCUCAGGCUUGGGUUAAACGGUGGCCCCUGGUGAAGUCAGAAAAGUUCCAAAAGCUGUUUGGCUGGGGAGACUUCUACUCCAACAUCAAAACAGUACGUCUAAACCUGCUCAUCACUGGGAAGAUUGUGGACCACAGUAAUGGAACGUUCAGCGUCUACUUCCGUCACAAUUCCACAGGCCAGGGUAACGUCUCGGUUAGCUUGGUGCCUCCAGGGAAGGUGGUGGAGUUUGACUUGGAGCGUCAAAGCGUGGUUUACCCCAAAGACUCCAAAACCUUCACCUGCCGUGUAGACUAUGAGAAGGUGGAGCGCAGCGAGCGCACCUUACUGUGCAGCUAUGACCCAUCAAAGACCUGUUUGCAGGGCCAGACGCAAAGUUACAUCUCAUGGAUCUGCUCCAGACCCCUCAGGGUCAUCUGCAUCUACAUCUCCUUCUACAGCACGGACUACAGGCUGGUACAAAAGGUCUGUCCGGACUACAAUUACCACAAUGCGCUGCCCUACCUGCCGUCAGGCUAGGCUUAAUAAUAAGGAUGGAAUACAGUGGAAAGAUGUACACCGAUCAAGCAAAACAUUAUGAACACUUGUUUCUAUACCCAGUAAUAUAUUUAUUAUCCGCCUUUCAUCCUGUUCUUCAAGGGCCAAAACCCCACUCUCUGAUCCACCUGUACUAGAACAAAACACGCCAGAUUUGUAGUGGUGCGGUGGGGUCCUGACCAUUGAAGACUACUACAGCUAGCUAUAAAAUGCAUGUUAGGUGUUGAAACAAGGAGCUGGUCAUAAUGUUAUGCUUGAUCAGUAUAUACAGCUCUGAAAAAAUAACCACUUAAAUAAUGAGUUUAUUUGACCAAUCUGAAAACCUCUGGAAUAUAAUAAAGAGGAAGAUGGAUGAUCACAAGCCAUCAAAACAAGCUGAACUGCUUGAGGUUUUGCACCAGAAGUGGCAUAAUGUUAUCCAAAAGCAGUGUGUAAAACUGGUGGAGGAGAACAUGCCAAGAUGCAUGAAAACUCUAAUUAAAAACCAGGGUUAUUCCACAAAAUACUGAUUUCUGAACUCUUAUAACUUUAUGAAUAUGAACUUGUUUUCUUUGCAUUAUUUGAGAUCUGAAAGUUCUUUGUUAUUUCAACCAUUUCUAAUUUUCUGCAAAUAAAUGCUCUUAAUGACAAUAUUUUUAUUUGGAAUUUGGGAGAAAUGUUGUUCGUAGUUUAUAGAAUAAAACAACAAUGCUCAUUUUACUCAAACAUAUAGAGUACCUAUAAAAAGGAAAAUCAGAGAAACUGAUUCAGACACUGAAGUGGUCUCUUUUUUACAGAGCUGUAUGUAUAUGACGAAGGAACAGACAUUUAAAAAGCAUCAAAAUUGAUGAAAACAUUAAAAAAGGAAUUUCAAGGACAGUCAUAUGAGACAUAUAAGAAAUGUUGAGGACUAUUAAAUGUUAUUUAAUCUUUUACAGUUAUUUAAUGCAUUCAGGAUUCCCUACAAAAUAUUGACUCAGUAUUACUAUGAUGUAGCAACAUUGACCCCUUAUGUAAAAAUUCCUAUUCGUGCAUCUUAUCUAAAGAGAGCACAGCUUACAUACUACUUAAAUGAUAUAUUUGUAAUAAAAUGUUUGUUUUAUGUAUAUAUAUAUAUAUAUAUAUAUAUAUAUAUAUAUAUAUAUAUAUAUAUAUAUAUAUAUAUAUAUCUUUGCCGUAAGACAAAACCCUUGUAUCUCGUUUUUUAUUUUUUGGCACAAUGUAACAGUUGUUCUUUGGAUUGUGACCAAAUUUAAUUAAUUACUCACAGGUGUAUAGAAACAAGCACCUAGCAAUGCAAUCUUCCUUUAUAAAUAUUCUGAUCACAUAAGGUUACAGAGCGGGGUCUCAGAAUGCAGAAAAUAGUAACACUGCACUGAAUCAGUAACUGCUGAGUUCCAGACUUGCUGUUAGAGCGUAGUGGUACUGAUGCCUAUGGACUUACAAUGGGACGUGUAAUGUGUAGGUGUCCCGACACUUUUGUCCAUUUAGUGUUUGUUUAUUGGAUGUUUGGAUUCACCAUGCAUUGUUUUCUAAUAGUUGAUAAUUAUUUAUUAUUAUUGAUUUUUCUACUGUUAUAAUGUCGCUGUCACAUAAAUAUCACCAAAAAACUCUGAAAUUGUAACUUUCUAGAAAAAGCAAAAACCUUUUUAAAUCCCAGUAAAACCUUUUAAUGUAAAACAUCUUUUUUUUUGUUUUCAUUCA